GGCGCUUUAUUGGAGACGAGAAAGAUAAAUCAUGAUGUUUGUGUGGACAGUUUUUCUCAUGUCCAGCUUGUUAUGUGCUAGUCCUCAGGACAUUUAUUUGAAUGACAAAAAUGACUGCAUCAGUGGUGAAGAGAUGAAGAAGCAAUUUCAAACAAUUCUGGCUGAGCAGAGAAAGCUUCAAAGUGAAGUUAAUAAGCUACAGCAGGAUAGAGAAUUGCUGACCAACUUGUUAACAAAUCCGCCUGGUGACUGUAAAACCCUUUACAACCAAGGAUAUAGAAAGUCUGGUGCGUACACUAUAUAUCCAUGGGAGAGAUCCAACCCUGCAUUUCGUUCUGUGAAUGUCUUCUGUGAUAUGGAGACCAAUGCUGGAGGAUGGACCGCAAUACAAAGGCGAACAACAGGAGCUGUUAACUUUAACAGGAAUUGGACUGAUUACAAAGUUGGGUUUGGAAUCACAGAAGAUUAUUGGAUUGGAAAUGACGCUAUUCACCAACUAACAAAAGAUCGCCCAGCGCUGUACGUUUCCCUCACAUUAAACAAUGUAGAUAAAAGACACGAGCUUUAUAACCAGAUCUCUGUAUCAGACGAAACCGACAACUACAGACUCUUCCUUUUAGGACCAGCAUCAGGGACACUAGGAGACAAUAUGUUAAAUACAAACAGAAGAAUCGCUGGGAUGCCUUUUACUACGCUGGAUAGGGACAACGACAAUAAUGGUGAUAACAACUGUGCUGUUCAAUUUAGAGGGGGCUGGUGGUUUAAUGGCUGCCACCAUGCCUUCCUAAACGGACCCUGGGCCCCGGGAAAAUGGGUGGAACCCUGGUCACCGCUUCUUAUGAAUGGACUAAAUAUAACUGAAACACAAAUGAUGAUACGAUCUCGUUAAGUAUAUUAACUCUUAUGUCUUAUGAAAGAUUGGAUGAAUUUUCAAUUAAAAUCAUAGUACAGUUACAUGUCAUCUUAUUCAAAGCUGUUAUUUAUGUCAAUGCCUAUACUAAAUACAUAUAAAAAAUUAUACUGUUUAA